CGCCUCUCCCUACGAAAAGCAACACAUUUUAUCGGAAGGGAUUGCACACUAGGUAUAUAUAAAAAGCUAACUCGGGUUGAAUCCCGGUAUCAGACUCGGUAGCUCUUGACCUCUCCUCCAGUGACCCUCUGAAGCCGAAGAUGACCGUCAAAGAAAAGCAAACCCGUGUGUGCAGCCUGUUCACUAAAUUAACUUCAGUGAGCAAGACCAUUGUUCCUGUUGAUCAAAGGGACCCAAGGCUUCAUGGCAUUGGAAAGUUGGCCCAGGGAGAACUUUUCUCCUGUUUUCAUGAAAAGGGACUUGCUGAAGCUACUAAGCUGUAUGAGACCCUCUAUGCUGCCAAGGACUUCGAAGACUUUAUGAAUUUGGCCAAACAGGCUAGAACAUUUGCAAAUGAAGGUCUUUUCGUUUAUGCCGCCUCUGUUGCAAUUUUGCACAGAGCUGACUGCAGAGGGGUAACUGUCCCACCCAUCCAAGAAAUCUUCCCUGAUAGAUUCGUCCCAACUGAAACCAUCAGUUUGGCCCAGAAAGAAGUUGCUAAUCACCCUGACAAGGACAUCAAAGUUGAAAUUGAAUCUACUGGUAACAUCUUGGAUCCAGAAUACAGAAUGAGCUAUUUCCGAGAAGACGUUGGCACCAAUGCUCAUCAUUGGCACUGGCAUAUCGUCUACCCUGCUACCUGGAGGCCAGAGGUCAUGGGAUCAAUUAAGGACAGAAAGGGUGAACUUUUCUAUUACAUGCAUCAACAGAUGUGCGCCAGAUACGAUUGCGAACGUUUGUCCAAUGGAAUGAGAAGAAUGAUCCCCUUCCAUAACUUCGAAGAGAACCUUGAAGGAUACGCUCCUCACUUGACCUCUCUGGUCAGUGGUCUCCAAUACUCCUCCAGACCACAAGGCUUCUCACUCCAUGAUCUCAAGGAUGUUGAUGUACAAGACAUGACCCGUUGGAGAGAAAGAAUCAUUGAAGCUAUCCACAUCGGAUACGUUGAAAAUGAAAACCAUCAACAAGUCAAAUUAACACCAGAAAACGGUAUUGAUAUUUUGGGAGCUUUGCUUGAGUCUAGCUAUGAAUCCACAAACAAAUUGUUUUAUGGAAGUCUUCACAACUGGGGACACGUAAUGAUGGCCAACAUCACUGAUCCAGAUGGUCGAUUCAAUGAAAAUCCAGGUGUAAUGAGUGAUACUUCAACUUCUCUUCGUGAUCCAAUUUUCUACAGAUAUCAUCGAUUCAUUGAUAAUAUCUUCCAAGAAUACAAAUCAACAUUGACUCCAUACACCAAGGCCGAUCUUGACUUCCCAGGUGUUCAAAUCGUCAACGUAACUGUCAAUGCUAAAGUUCCCAACCUCGUCACAACCCACAUGAAAACUGAUGAACUUGAACUGACCCAUGGUAUCGACUUUGGUACUACUCAUUCCGUAAAAGUUCUGUACCAACACUUGGACCACGAACCUUUCACCUACACCAUCAAUCUUGACAAUGGAUCUGGAGCAACCAAGGCAACAGUCAGAAUUUUCCUCGGACCUAAAUACGAUGAAUUAGGUAACCGAUUGGACCCUGAGCAUCAACGAACUUUGUGCAUCGAAUUGGACAAAUUCCAAGUUGACUUGACCGCUGGCAAGAACACAAUCACCAGAGAUCACAAACACUCAAGUGUUACAGUCUCUGAAUCACACUCUUUUGCCAAACUUUUGGCUGGUGAAGGUGUAAGUGAAGCAACCACUGAAUUCUGUAGCUGUGGAUGGCCAGAACAUAUGCUUAUCCCCCGUGGUAGCCACAAGGGAACUGAGUUUGAUCUUUUCGUUAUGUUGACUGAUUACACCAAGGAUGCUGUUGAUGGAGAGAGCAGCGGAAUUUGCCAAGAUGCCAUCAGUUACUGCGGUGCCAAGGACCAGAAAUACCCAGACAAGAAACCAAUGGGUUUCCCAUUCGAUCGCGUGAUCCAAGCUGGCACAGUUCACGAAUUCCUGACUCCAAACAUGAGUGUUACCGAUGUCAAGAUCAAGCACCAAAGUGGAAGGGAUCAUAAUUUCGGUUGUAACUGCCAUCUUCCAAGCAAUAUGCCUGCCCAGGACAAGCAACGUCGUAUUUUGCCUCUGUUUGAGCACUUAACCUCUCUUACCAGGGCAGUUUUGCCAGCAGAAGAGAGAGAUUCAAGGCUCAAAAAGUUGGGCAGAUUGCCUCGUGGAACCCUUUUCUCAUGUUUCCAUACUGAGCAUCUCAUUGAAUCUCAAGAGCUUUUUGAAACUCUCCAUGCUGCCAAGGAUUUCGAAGAUUUCAUGCGCCUGGCUGAACAGGCUAGGGAUAUCGUUAACGAAGGCAUGUUCGUUUAUUCUACAUCUGUAGCUCUUUUGCACAGAGAUGACUGCCGAGGAGUAACUGUUCCCCCUAUUCAAGAAAUCUUUCCUGAUAGAUUCAUCCCAUCUGAAACAAUCAAUCAGGCAAUUAAGGCAGAUCUUCAACGAAAAGAUGAUGCUCCAGUUCUUGUUGAUACUAUCCAAACUGGUAACAUUUUGGAUCCUGAAUACAAACUUGCUUACUUCCGAGAAGACAUUGGCGCAAAUGCUCACCAUUGGCAUUGGCACAUUAUUUACCCUGCCACAUGGAGACCAGAAAUCAUGGGCAAGGUAAAGGACAGAAAAGGAGAACUUUUCUAUUACAUGCAUCAACAAAUGUGUGCCAGAUACGAUUGUGAUCGUCUAUCUACUGGUCUGCAGCGUAUGAUCCCUUUCCAUAACUUCAAUGAGGAACUUGAAGGCUACUCUCCACAUUUGACUUCCUUAGUCAGUGGACAUCAUUAUGCUAAUCGACCAUCUGGCAUCCGACUUCACGAUUUGAACGAUCUCGUAGAUGUACUGGAUAUGAACAGAUGGAGAGAGCGACUUCUUCAAGCUAUUCACUUGGGAGUUUUGAUUGAUGACCAUGGCAAUGAAGUUGUUCUUACCCCAGAACAUGGUAUUGAUAUGCUUGGAUCUAUGCUGGAAUCAAGUUAUGAAUCCAAGAACCGUGAAUACUACGGAAACCUCCACAAUUCUGGACACGUUAUGAUGGCUCGUAUUCAUGACCCAGAUGGCAGAUACAAGGAAAACCCAGGUGUAAUGAGUGAUACAUCUACUUCUCUUCGAGAUCCCAUCUUUUACAGAUACCACAGAUUUAUUGACAAUAUCUUCCAAGAGUACAAAGCAACUCUGCCAGUUUAUGAAAAGAAAGACUUGGACUUCUCCGGUGUUACCGUUGUCAAUGUGUCUGUAAAGGCUAAACUACCCAACAUUGUUAACACUUUCAUGAAAGAAGAUCAACUUGAGCUCUCUCAUGGUAUUUCCUUGAAGGGACCAGUCAAGGUUAGGUACGAGCACCUUGACCACGAACCAUUCACCUAUAACAUCAGCGUUGAAAACACUGGAGCAACCAGACACGCAACAGUCCGAAUUUUCUUGGGACCUGUACAUGAUGAAUUGGGCAACAAACUCUCAAUCAACGAAUCAAGAAGGUUUUUCAUCGAACUCGAUAAAUUCCAUACCGAAUUGGCUGCCGGCAAGAAUACCAUCACCCGCAAAUCCAUUGACUCCGCCGUCACUGUUGCACCUACACCAAAAUUCUCUCAACUCCAAUCCGGUGAAGGAAUCAGUGAAAACAACACUGAAUUUUGCAGCUGUGGUUGGCCUCAGCAUCUCCUUGUUCCAAGAGGCACACACAAGGGCAUGGACUUCUAUCUUUUUGUCAUGCUUACUGACUACGAACAGGAUCACGUUGGCAGCUUGAAUGCUCAAGCCAUCUGUGCCGAUGCUGUCAGUUACUGUGGAGCUAAGGAUCAGAAAUACCCUGACAAGAAGGCUAUGGGCUAUCCAUUCGACCGAAUCAUCAAAGCUCGCACUAUUGCAGAAUUCUCUACACAAAACAUGAACUUCCAAGAAGUCAGAAUCCAAUUCAAAGAAUAAAUUACUUUUAAGAUCUAUAAGCAAAUAUGAGGAAAAGGAAUCAUCCAAAAUUUGUAAUUUAAUGGAAACCAGAGAGAAUCAAUAAAGUUUAUUUCCUGAGCGAAA